GAUGCCUGCGAGCUGCAGAGCUAGCUAGAGAGAUAGAGAGAGAUACGAAACGUUGAAUCUCGACUAAUUUUGUUUCUUAGUGGAGAACGUGUGGCUGAUAAAACAUAUUUCCCACUUAAGCCUACACUCUUAAGUUUUGGCUCAGUGGCUUGAUGAAAUCGAUCCUUGAUCAAUUGUAAUAACCAAAUUAUCGUUGGGUGUUCAUCGCUUGCUUGCUCUGACUGCACAACAAUACUGAACACUCGUCGUCAGUACCGGUACACACACACUGCUGCUCAGCAAGAGCGAACUUCCCUGUGAUUCGGGGACUUACUUCGCCGUGCCGGUGUGAAUAAGGAAGACUGUCCGAGGGCGCGGAACGUGGCUUCGCCGAAAAUAUCUGUUUUCCGUCCUCAUAAUAUAUCUUGUAAAUUCGAGAAGUCGUCUGUUAGGGGAAUGGGUACUUCCCGGAACAAUUCUUUCGAAGAUAUUGCCAAGGCCUCAGUGAUCAACGAGCUUGAGACACCGGUCCAGCGUGAAGUCUUACCUUCGUUUCAUACCACAAGGUCUGCACCUGAGACGUGGGACGUGGCCUUUGCGCCAGAUCACUCCUACUUUGCCUGGUCUUGCGGCAACCGCAUUGUCAAACUCAUCCCAUGGGACAAGGAAAAUCACAAUAUCUACAGUGACAACGACCAGAACAACAAUGCCAAUGAUCACUCGGUAAACCGUACCACUCAACGGAAUGUCAUCACAAUAACCUGCAAAGAUCUCGUCUGGUCACUUACGUUUGGUACCUCUGUCCCUGAUAAGAAGUCUAGGCGAUGCAGCCUUUCGUACCGCCUCUUUGGCUUCCCGGAAAAGCUCGACAAUGCAGUCAUUCUGGCCAUAGGGCUAAAAAAUGGACAGAUCAAGACAUAUAACGUCAGAAGUGGGGAACAUGUCCUCCUUGUAGACCACAGGAGCGUUGUUCGGGACAUCAAGUUCAACCCCGAUGGGAGCCUGUUUCUUGUGUCCGCAAGUCAUGACGGCACCCUAAAGGUAUGGGACAUGAAGGACGAUGGCAACAUGGUGGUUACGCUCAAGGGACAUCCCAAGGCUGUUUAUGGCUGCGCCAUCUCACCAGAUAGCUCCAUGCUGGCUUCGGUUGGAGAGCAGAGAUCGGUGAUCGUGUGGGACUUCAACAAGUACAAGCUUCUGCGAAGACUGCAUGGUCAUCACAACAUGGUGAUGUCCUGUGAGUUCUCUGCGGAUGGAGCUAUUCUAGCAACUGCAUCCUAUGAUACCAGGGUCAUUCUUUGGGACCCUCAUACCGGACAGACUCUGAUUCAGUUCAGUCAUGUGUACCCUGCAUUGAGUCCAAUGUUUGCGGGAGGUUCCAACGAUCACUACGUGAGGGAUAUCUCGUUCUCUCCAUCAGGUUUACACUUUGCUUCAGUGUGUGAUGAUAAUUUGCUACGAGUGUGGUCUAUCUCCAACAACAAGAAACCCAUUCUAGUCUCGUCAAUCCAUGAGCCAUUGAGCUGUGCAUUUAAUCCUGAUGGCACAGUAUUAGCAGCUGGGACGAGGUCUGGAUCAGUGCAGUUUGUAGCAGUCCAACAGGACCUGCUGCCUCUACAACACCUCUGCAGAAUGUCCCUACGUCGCACCUUCCCUAACUGGAAUGAAUUGAAUCCCCACAACAUCCCUGCCAUGCUUCAUAGAUAUAUUGGUUACAGGGAGGUACCGAUGGAAGUCGGUUCUUGCAAUACCUAAUGGACAGACAGGCUGAAGCCAAUAGGACAUUCUUGAGGAUGGAGAUGGAGUUCUGAUGUCAGAGGACAAAAGUGGAUUGUUGCAAUGUGUGUGGCCUAGUAACACUGGUUCAAGAAGAGCAGUUUAACAUAUUUAUUAGACAGUGCUUAUAUCAUGCACUAAUGGUGUAAAGGGUCUUCUAGACUGGACAGCAUUCAAGAAGGUUCAAGGAAUACAUCUGGUAUCAGAAUCGGUGCACUAAUCAAACACAGGAUAUCCAUAAUAACACCUGAUGGCUUUCUGAGAUGUAACUUAUAGGAAUGUGUUUGUCAGAAAGGAACUUGCUUUUGCCAAGCAAAACAAGCAAGUCAUCAUUUCAUCAAUAUGCAUGGAAAGAAUUUGGUCUAUUAAACUGGUGAAUACAAUGGUUAACCUGUAAACUAGAUGAUAUUCCAACCUAAAGUGAACCCUAGCAAACACAUGCAAUCCACUGUUAUAUAAAAUAUAUAUCUAAACUAUAUUUAUAUUUUCAGCAUGAACAUUAUUUGGGUCACAGAUCUAUUCUUUCCUUUUAUGUCAGGAAGGCAGUCUUUUUUAUUUGAUAGUCUAGACCUUCCUUCAUCGAUUUCUUCUGCACAACAGAGUGUAUAAUGGCCAUAGUUAGCCUCCAAGGUGUCGGCCAUUUAUGCAAUAACCGUAUCCAAAACACAUGCCAUUUUUUUACGCAUCAUAUUCUUCCAACUAAUUUAAAUGCUUAUCUGUACAGAAGUGUGUAUUCUGCUAUUGUAAUGUGAUAUUUUUUUUCUAUUCAGUAUUAUCACAUCAAAGCAAUUGUACCAGAAGUGCUUCAUAAGAAUGAGUCUUACCUAGGUUACUUCAGACAUUUUCAUUUGCUCGGAUUAGUAAAGGUACAUGUAUUUUGGUAAUUAGUGUCUAAAAAUUGAGACUGCUGUAUGCUCAUUGCAUGUAUGGUAGGGCAGUUUCAUGAACACUGUGCAAAAGUUACCACUGAUUUUGAUAGCAAAUGCUUUUGAGUGUCUUUAGACAUUUCUUAUACGAAUAGUUGCAUCCUUAAAGGUGACCUUUAAUAUCCUCGUGAGAGCCCACCACUUUGUGUCUGUGUGACUUUAUACUUAUUUCUGGAAUACAUGUAUGUACUGUGAGCUAUAUACAUGUAACUUAUAAUAUUUUUCCAAGGCCCAUUCUACAUAUAAUUGACUUUGAUUCAAUCUUGCUUGACGGUGGCCAGUAACAUCAUCACGGAUGCAUACCUAUGUUUGUUCCAUGUUGUCAAUGAUGAUGAACCCUCAUGUGUGCAUCAUUAUUUUGAACACUCGAUCCGUCUGUUAACAAUUUAAUGUACUGAUGUGUUAAGCGCAGAAACUAUGUGCAUAUAUUCUCUUCGCUGUAAAUAAGAGCUGCUUAAUUGCUAGAAAAUAGAUUUAUAAAAAGUGAAGAAUAAUGUAUGGAAAUUAUUGGAAAAAAAACUAAGUUUGAACGUUUCAACUGAUGGAGAGGAAUCUAAUUGCAUAUUGCAAGCCAGUCCUAAAUUUUGGGGCUGUGCAGGCGAAUUUAUGGAUAGUGCAUGUAUAUAAUACUUCUGAGAUAGAGACUUGUGACAUCAGUGGCUUGCCAUAUUUGAGAUUGAUCACAACUCUGUGUAUCUAGGACUCAGAUAUUCACUGUAUAUUUCAAUGGAUUUGUUUUAUAUGUGUGCUACAUGGAGAAUAUGAUGUCUAGUACUCAAUCGUCAUUCAGACAAUGGCUAUAAUAGAUUUUUUACUGUUGGCAUAGCGUUUCUGAGCUGCAUAUCUCAUAUCUCAUUUGUUUCUAAACUAAAUAAUGCGCAGAUUAUCAUGUAGACUUUGUGCAAAAGGCGAGCAGAUUCCAACCACAGUAACUUUGCUGAACAAACCCAUGCUGGGUCAAUCUGCUCUCUGUUUGUGUUCCUAGUCACAUUCUUGUUGCUAUGGGAGCACAAGUAUAAACUGGACAUUUUUUGACCUGCACCUAUAAACUUACAUUUCCGUAAUCUUACCCACUAUUUGGUGAUAAUGGUAUGAAAGGUUGUUCAUAGA